AUGAUAGCAACACAGCUAACACUGAUCACACUUAUCAUUAGUACCAACGCACUAAGUAUAGGAACUGUGAGUGAACAAAAUGUGACCAAACGUGAAGCGAACUUAGGUGAUCUGUUCCCGGACUGGGUGCCGUUUAAAAACAAACACGGUGAGGAAUUAGGAGAAUUUGUACAAGUUAGCCGUAAGCCUAAGAAGCGGUUAGCACCACCGGUCAACUUUAUACUAAGAGCUGUAGCUGAACCUGAAGGCGACGAUUACUACGAAAAAGGUCAAGGUGAGAGUGAUGGUGAAGACUAUUAUGAAAAAAAGGACUGGUCUGACACAAACAGGCCAGUACCCUCGGCCGAUCCUCAACCAGUUAAUCACACUGAAAUAUCUGAUAUAGAUGGUGUUGUGAGUAUUAUCACUAAGAAAAGACCAAGCAAUCCAGUUGUAGAUGCGCUAAAGAAAGCGAAACUAAAAGACACAGAGGAUCUGAAAACUAAAGAAGAGAACAAUGUUCCUGAUUUAAAAGAUAUAGUCGUUGAAGAUUCUAAGUUAAGUAGCAAAAAGAAACCUAGGAACUAUGAGGAGGAUAAUGAUUAUGAAGAUAAUAAUACAGAAAAUAAAAAACCUGAACCGAUCCCAGAGGAAGACCAAAGUGAUAGCGAAGCUAAAAAAGCAAGCAUUUUGGACAGUGUUGAUGAACUAAAAGCACGUCAUGCUAAAGAGCAAGUUGCGAUAUCUGAAAAAGUUAAAGAAGAGGAAAUAUAUAAAGAAGAACGUGAAAGGGAAAAGAUUCAAGCUCAACUAUCACUAGCUGAAACUGACAAGUAUGACGACAGAUCAAAACUAAGAAAAAAGUAUCCCGAUUAUGAAGAAUAUGACGAUAAGGAAACUUCAAACGAUGAAAAAUACAAAGUCAGCCCCGAAAGAACGAAACCAACCACGACACAAAUACCAAAACGAACAAACAAACAGAAAGAGAAGAAGCUCGAAUCAGGCAAACUGUCUGUAUUCAAAAACCCUCAGCUUUACAUGGUGUAUGAUGAAGACGAGACCACAACUGUCAAAUAUCAGCCAAACAAGAUAGAGAGAUUCUCAGCUAAGUAUACCACGAAUCCUUCUUUAGUAGAAGGCAAUGAGAGAAUAUCAUUAGUCCCAGACGAUAACGAAGGUAAAGACGGCGAACCAACGCUCUUCUUCCCUAAAAAGCGGAAAAACAAGAAACGUAAGGGCAAGCCAAAUAAAGCUGGUAAACAAUCUGAAGACAGUAAAGUCAUAGCUACGACUCCUGGUGAUACCUCGGACACUACUGGUUCUGACACGACGGGGUCAGACUCGAUCCUGGUUGACACGACCGUGGAGACUGGACCUACAGCCAGUGACGUUGAUUCAACGAACACUGAUGCUGUGACUGAUGCUGUACCGGCGCCAUCGGAUCAUCACAAGGAAUCUGAGCAGAAGGAAGAGGAUUACCAUCGGGAGAAGGGCGGCGGCAGGGAACACCAUUCAGAGCAUGAAGAGGAACACAGCGAAGAAGGAAAAAAAGCCUAUGAGGGCGUACACAAGGAGACCAAGUCAUCGAAAGGUUACCACGAUCGGGAGAACCAUUUGGGCAAAUAUGACGACCAUGGAGGACUUAAUGAACAUCAUGAAGAGGAAUCGGGCCACUACGGGGAUCACCACCAUGAGGAACAUGGCAAGAAACACGCGAAGGUAUGA